AGGGGCAUAGAGGUCGGUCGGUGGGGUUGGGAGGCAGGCAGGCAGGCAGGCAGCCCCCUCCUCCUCCUCCUCCUCCUCCUCCUGCUGGUGCUCUUUGGGCGCCGUCUUCCCGGACGGACGGAGGGCUGCUCCGGCCCCAUGGCCGCGCUGCUGUGGCCGCUGGCCCUGCUCGCCUCCUUCCCCGUCUCGUCCCCCUUCUCGGGAGAGCCGUCGUCGUCUUCUUCGUCGGGGGAGCGCCGCUUCCCGGCGUGGCGCGUGUCGCGGUGGGCGUCGGCGGCGCUGCGGCACGUGGCCUCGGGCCCUUGCCCCGAGCGCGGGGGGCUGCUUCCCCGGGCCCAGUGUCAGCGCCUGGCGCGCCUCUCCUCCUCCUCCGCCGCCGCCUCCGCCUCGCAGGGCGCUGCGCCCGCCGUCUACGUCUCGGCGCCCGCUCGCCCCGGGACCAAGCUGCGCGCCCUGCUCCCCGACGGGUGGGGAGACCGCGCCGCCGCCGCCGCUCCCCAGGCGCCCUCCCGCAGCCACAACGCCAGCGGAGGAGCCCUUUCUCGCCCGGCGGCCGCGGGGCAAGACGCCAUCCUGGUGCUGGACCCCAGCCCCGGAGCCAGCUUCGGCCACCCGAUCCUCCUCUUCUACCUGGACUUCAACGUCUCCCCGCGCCGAUGCCGGAGCCGGGACAGGCUCUACCUGGGCAGCUAUGAGUGCUUGACCCCUGCCCAGAGGAACCACUGUGAGAACCAGCUGAAGCGCAGGCCGGGACGUGGCAAGGGAUGGAGCCAGCGGGCAUCAGGACGUGUCCGGCGGGAAGAGGCGCCAGUUGGGCUCUGUGAAAUCCAUUUUUUGCCCACAGUGGUGGCAGCCCAGGACCCCAAACACCUGCAAAACCUGCACUGCAUGAAUCUCCAUGGAUUCAGCCUGUGUCCUCAGCCUCUGUCCCUGGUUAGCUCCAGUUCCACAGCUGCUUAUUGUGAACUCAACAAGAAUACACGGCGGUGCCAUCGUCAGCAGCUCCCCAUGUACAAAUCAUGCCGCAUGUAUCAGACGUGUGACCAUGCAGUGCUGAUUGCAGGUGGCUGGCAGGAGCAAGUGACCUACCCCCACCAUGCCCAGAACCUCCUGCUUUUCUACCAGAUGCUUCAGCGAAAUGGCUUCCGUCAGGAGCACAUCAAGGCCUUCUUUGCAAAUGAGGGACAGGCCUCAGUGGCUGUGGAGAUGGGUGAAGUGCAUCCCGCCACAGAGAAGCUGGCCAUCCGCUCCCACCUCGCCUUACUCUGCAGGAGCCUCCAUUGUGCCGACUCACUGGUGCUCUACCUCAACAGCCCAGCAGCAAGUGAUGGCACGAUGCUUUUGUGGGAUUCCAACCGUAAUGGCAUUGCUGAUCCGAAGGAGAGGUACCCCAUCACAGAGCUCUUAGCUGACCUGGAGAACUGCAAUGCCCGUAGGGUCCUCCUCUUUCUUGACCAGAGCUAUCCAGGGCCAUUGGCAAAGAAGCUACGGGCAUCACGACGCCAUCCCAAUGUGGUGCUAGUCCGCAGCAAUGGAGCUACCACUGGUGGUUCAGCUUUUGCUGAAUUCUGGGCAGGGCUGCAGCCUGACCAGUGUCUGCUCCAGCAUAUCUUGCCGGUGGGCCCCUGGUCUGCAGUCUUGGCCUCUGGUGUCCCAGCCCAGCUACUCAAUGUCACAUUAGCAGGAGCACCUUGCCAUUCUGUGCCACCCCUGGGCGAGGAGGAGCGCCAGCGCCGCUACCAAGGAUGUCAAAACCUUCCUACAAUGUUGUGGUAUCAGAGUAGACACCAGCAGCUGCCACAGGAGGAUGAAUGAGCCGCCUGAUGGGUUAUGGAUCUGGGUUUGUCCUCAAGAUCCCAGCCAGACAUGCUGUAGCUUUUUCCUUUGCCCACAAAGAUGUUUACCUUUUGGGAUGGAGUGGAAUUACUUUGAAGGCUGUCCAAGGAGUUGGCAUGGAAUGGCUGGGGAACAUGGGAUAGGUCGAGGCAUUCCUAGUAAGCUGCUGUGCUGGACUCUCAAAGACCAUUUUAAGUAGCUAAGGCCAAAAUGAGAAUCCAAGGUUAGCAAACCUUGAUAUUACAUUAUUAUCAAGGAUAUAUACAUAUAGGGUUGAGCAUCCCUUAUCUGAAAUGUUUGGGACCAGAAAGGUUCUGUAAUUCAGGUUUUGGAAUAUUUUCAUAUGCAUAAUGAGAUAUCUUAGAAACAAG